AUGAGAGUUUUACCAGCUACAUUGCUGGUCGGCGCGGCCACCGCGGCCGCCCCUGCCCAGCAGGUCCUUGGCGGCUUCCAGGACUUCCAGGACUUCGGAAGCAACCUCCAGGAAACCCUUAAGGAAACCCUGCCUAAGGUAAACAAACCGCUUGAGAACUUCCGGGAGCAGCUCAAGUCUCUGUCCAAUGAGGCCCGUGGCUUGUGGGAGGAGGUCGCGAAUGCUUUCCCCGAUAACCUCGACCACAACCCUGUCUUCUCUCUGCCGAAGAAGCACACCCGUCGCCCUGACUCCCACUGGGACCACAUCGUCCGUGGAUCUGAUGUCCAGAGCGUCUGGGUCACUAACGAGGACGGCGAGAAGGAGAGAGAUGUAGAGGGUAAGCUUGAGGCCUACGACCUUAGGGUCAAGAAGACGGACCCGGCUUCCCUCGGGAUCGACCCGAACGUGAAACAGUUCACGGGUUACUUGGAUGAUAACGAGAAUGAUAAGCAUUUGUUUUACUGGUUCUUCGAGUCGCGAAAUGACCCUGCGAACGACCCUGUUGUUUUGUGGCUGAAUGGUGGCCCUGGUUGCUCCUCUCUGACUGGUCUCUUUAUGGAGCUUGGCCCUAGCAGCAUCGACGAGAACAUUAAGAUAGUCUACAACGACUUCUCAUGGAACUCCAACGCUUCCGUGAUCUUCUUGGACCAGCCUGUCAACGUUGGCUACUCUUACAGCAACAACGCUGUUAGCGACACGGUUGCUGCUGGAAAAGACAUCUACGCCUUGCUUACUCUCUUCUUCAAGCAGUUCCCUGAGUAUGCGAAGCAGGACUUCCAUAUUGCUGGAGAAUCUUAUGCUGGCCACUACAUCCCUGUUUUCGCUUCUGAGAUUCUUGCACACGAGAAGCGUAACAUCAACCUGAAGUCUGUUUUGAUUGGAAACGGAUUGACUGAUGGCCUCACUCAAUAUGAAUACUACCGCCCCAUGGCCUGUGGUGAUGGUGGUUACCCUGCUGUGUUGGACGAGAGCUCCUGCCGCUCCAUGGACAACUCCCUUGGCCGCUGCCAGUCCAUGAUUGAGUCUUGCUACAGCAGCGAGAGCGCAUGGGUCUGUGUCCCUGCGUCUAUCUACUGUAACAAUGCUCUCCUUGCUCCUUACCAGCAAACCGGACAGAACGUGUACGAUGUUCGCGGCAAGUGCGAGGACGAGAGCAACCUUUGCUACAAGGGCAUGGGCUACGUCUCUGAAUACCUGAACAAGCACGAAGUCCGCAACGCCGUCGGUGCUGAAGUUGAUGGGUAUGACACCUGCAACUUUGACAUCAACCGCAACUUCCUCUUCCAUGGUGACUGGAUGAAGCCCUACCACCGUCUUGUCCCCGGCAUCCUUGAGCAGAUCCCUGUCCUCAUCUACGCUGGUGACGCCGACUUUAUCUGCAACUGGCUCGGAAACAAGGCCUGGACCGAGGCCCUGGAAUGGCCCGGCAAGGAAGAGUACGCUGCCCUUCCUCUGGAAGAUAUCAAGAUCGUCGACAACGAGCACAAGGGCAAGAAGAUUGGCCAGGUCAAGAGCCACGGCAACUUCACCUUCAUGCGUCUUUACGGCGGCGGUCACAUGGUUCCCAUGGACCAGCCUGAGUCGUCCCUUGAGUUCUUCAACCGCUGGCUAGGUGGUGAAUGGUUCUAG